AAGGGAGCAAGAGUUCGUUUGGUGUAAGCGGGUUCCCCGUCUAGUUCCGCAGCCACCUCGACUCAUGACGACGACGACGACGCACGCCGCGCAGGCCGGGACGGGGCCGCCCGCCCCGGACUCGCCCUCGCUGGGCGCCGCCGUCAGCGGCACCGUGCAGAAAUACAGCCUGAAGAAGAAGAAGGUGCUGAACGCGGAGGAGACGGAGCUGUUCGAGCUGACUCAGGCAGCGGGGAUCGUUAUGGACCAGGAGGUCUUUAAAAUUAUCGUGGACCUCUUGAAGAUGAACGUGGCACCUCUGGCUGUCUUCCAGACCCUCAAGGCGAUGUGUGCAGGCCAGCGGAUCUCCGACACAGCCGCGGCUGACAUGUCGACAGCAUCACACUCUGCCACAGCCCCCUCAGAAGCCAGAGAAGAGGAUUCUGGGGUCUCAGACAAGAGCACUAAAAAAUCGACCCCUCAGGCCCCGCCUGCUGGCCCCGCUGCCCGCCCUCAGAGGGGAGGGGCUAAGAUAGUGCUCUACAGCCCUGGUGACCAGAGCUCCACUCUCUCUCAAGUCCGAAGCAAGUCAGGUGCCAGUCACGGGGAGAAGGCCGGCCGUGACGGCUCCAGCCAGCGGGUGCCGCGGCAGGCCAGCGCCACCAGGGGGCAGAAGAGUACCAAGAGCUCGGGCAGCAGCAGCUCCUCAUCCCAGGUCACAUCCAACUGAAACGCCCCUGCUGACGCUGCAGCUGUAGAAGCUGAUCCUGUGUCAGUCUGAUGAGCAGAGAGACUAUCCGGACUGGGAAUCCACCUGACCUCUAAGCAGUCUCUUUCCUAAUGUGCCCUCCUGCCUGUUUUUGUGUAUGUAUGUAAGUGCACCAUUCAAGAGCUGAUUUUGGUGUAUAAUGUCCUGUUCCACUCAAAUUCUUAAACCCAUCUGAUCUGAUGUGGAUCUGAGCUUUCUUUUAAAGUUUAAACAGGAAACUGAAAGUUGGAUUGUUUUUAAAAAAUAAUAAUAAUCUAGAAAUGCCAUCCAGGUGAAGCUAUACAGGCAGCUGGAUAAAUGAAAUCUAAAUGCCCUAAAGUCUUGACCCCGCCCCCUCCCACAGAGAUCUCCCACACUCGAGUGAAGGACCGCCUGGGGCAAGUGCCAGCUAUGAGCCUCCAAUAGCCUUCUGACUUCAGGAAAUUUGGGGGGUUUUGCAAAGAAUUGUGGGAUAUACAAGGGAGGGCUUGGCCAGAGAUGGCACUUGUGUUCACUGCAGGGGGGUGAAUGUCACCCCCCCAGGAGAAGUCCCCUAGGAGGACAAUUUUGUAGGGAACGAACAGUGCUUCAUGCCAAGAUGGGCCUGUUCUAUGGCUUUACUUACUGUUUUUACCUGCUGUUCACAGAGAUGUGAUUGUGCCUUUGUGAAAAUUAAAAUUACUCUGUUUUAAUGAGUUUUUAAAAUCACCUGUGAGGAUUUUGUGCCCCUGAAAUCAGUCACUCCUAUCUUGCCCCUGUCUGAGUUUUUGUAGUUUAGUUGUUGUGAUGAGUAUGGCAGACCUGUAUGUGUUUCUUUCUGGACAAGCCUGUCUAAGUUUAAAUAAAGAUGUGCUUUUUUUUGUGUGUGUGUGUAUAAA